CGGCGAGUCCCCGCGUCCGUCACCGUCCCGUCAGCGUCACCGUCCGGUCCGGUCCCACCCCGCGUGGCCGCCCUGGUCUCGUCCGAGUCGGAGCCGGGUCUCCCGGCGCGGGGCCGCCCGGCCUUCCGAUGCCGACUCCCGCCUCGCCGCUAACUCGCGUCCCAACGCCGACCUCUCCGAGGGGCCCCGCUGGCCCGAGGGACCCCGCCGGACCAGGCAGGCCGGACGGGACGAGAUCUACUUCGCCCAAGCUGAUUUGGCUGGUCAUCCCCCUGUCGCUGCUCCUGCUCCUUCUGCUGGCCACCGCCUACUUCCUCAGGUUUCGGAAGCAGAGGAAGGCGGUGGUGACCGGCGAUAAGAAGAUGCCCAACGGACUCUUAGAGGAGCAAGACCAGCAGAGAAUCCUCCUCCUCAGCCGCUCUCCCUCAGGCCCCAGGAAGCAUUUCCUGAUCCCGGUGGAGCGCCUGGAAGACGAGAUCCGCGUCCGCUCGGCCGACGACUGCAAGCUCUUCCGGGAGGAGUUCAACUCGUUACCAUCGGGCCAUUUGCAAGGAACGUUUGAACUGGCCAAUAAAGAAGAAAACCGAGAGAAGAACAGAUAUCCGAACAUCCUUCCCAAUGACCAUUCCCGGGUGAUCUUGACCUCGCUGGAUGGCAUCCCCUGCUCGGACUACAUCAACGCCUCCUACAUAGACGGCUACAAAGAGAAGAAUAAAUUCAUAGCAGCUCAAGGCCCCAAACAGGAGACAGUCAACGACUUCUGGAGAAUGAUCUGGGAGCAGAAGUCCGCCACUGUCGUCAUGCUCACCAAUCUGAAAGAGAGGAAAGAGGAAAAAUGCUUCCAGUAUUGGCCGGAUCAGGGCUGCUGGAUGUACGGGAAUAUCCGCGUUUCCGUGGAAGACUGCAUGGUCCUGGUGGACUACACCAUCCGAAAAUUCUGCAUCCAGUCGCAGCUGGCCGAGUCCAGCAAAGCGCCCAGGCUGGUGACGCAGCUCCACUUCACCAGCUGGCCGGAUUUCGGGGUGCCCUUCACGCCCAUCGGCAUGCUCAAGUUCCUCAAAAAGGUCAAGACGCUCAAUCCCGCGCACGCCGGCCCCAUCGUCGUUCACUGCAGCGCCGGCGUGGGUCGCACGGGGACAUUCAUCGUCAUCGACGCCGUCAUCGACAUGAUGCACGCCCAGCGCAGGGUCGACGUCUUCGACUUCGUCGCCAGAAUCCGCCGGCAGCGUCCUCAGAUGGUGCAGACCGAGAUGCAGUACUCGUUCAUCUACCAGGCCCUGCUGGAGCACCACCUCUACGGCGACACUGAACUGGACGUCACCUCCCUGGAAAAACACCUGCAGGGGCUGCAGAACACCACCACCCGCUUGGACAAGAUCGGGCUGGAGCAGGAGUUUAAAAAAUUGACCAACGUUCGCAUCAUGAAGGAGAACAUGAGGACGGGGAACUUGCCGGCCAACAUGAAGAAAGCCCGCGUCAUCCAGAUCAUCCCGUAUGACUUCAACAGAGUCAUCCUGUCCAUGAAAAGAGGGCAGGAGUACACAGACUACAUCAACGCCUCCUUCAUCGACGGCUACCGGCAGAAGGAUUAUUUCAUCGCCACUCAGGGCCCGCUGGGCCACACCGUGGGCGACUUCUGGAAGAUGGUGUGGGAGUGGCGCUGUCACACCAUCGUCAUGCUCACCGAGGUCCAGGAGAGGGAACAGGAAAAAUGCUUUCAGUACUGGCCGUCAGAAGGCUCCGUGACGCACGGAGAGGUCCAUAUCGAACUGAAGAACGACGUCUGUUCCGAUGCCAUCAGUGUCAGAGAUCUGUUGAUCGCCUCCACUCAGGACAAGCAGAGCCGGCUGGUGAAGCAGUUCCACUUCCACGGCUGGCCGGAAGUCGGGAUUCCCGCCGAAGGGAAGGGGAUGAUCGACCUGAUCGCCGCCGUCCAGAAGCAGCAGCAGCACACGGGCAACCAUCCCAUCACGGUGCACUGCAGCGCCGGAGCCGGGCGGACGGGGACGUUCAUAGCUCUCAGUAACAUUUUGGAGCGAGUCAAAGCCGAAGGACUCCUGGACGUGUUCCAAGCUGUGAAGAGUUUGCGACUUCAGAGGCCACACAUGGUGCAAACCCUGGAACAGUAUGAAUUCUGCUACAAAGUGGUACAAGAUUUCAUUGAUAUAUUUUCAGAUUAUGCCAACUUCAAGUGAAGAUUCCUGCCUUAAAAGUGUUUUUAAUUUAAUGGUCAGGACAGAUGUUUGUAAAUCCUGUUAAUUUAUUUCAUGUUGGACAGUAACAUUGUUCCUAAUUCUUAA